UCUUUUUAUAGAAUGUAUAAUGCCAUUUAAGGCAAGUCAGAAAUGCUCCUGCAACCUUCCCAAUAUAUCUGUGUCGCCAGGAAAGGCUGUCAUUUUGAUUUCGAUCAAUGGCAGGUACGAUUUGCAUCUGCCAUUGUUUCAGUGCCACAAAUGCAGUCAGAAGUGGUAUCCCGAGUUUGGGGAUGUGGUGGGAAGUGGGUACUGGCCAGCCUCCAUCUGUGCACAGAACAAGACGUAUUACACACUGGACCUGUUCAGUUCCUUUGAGGAGCUGAAAGUAAUUGCCCCCACACUGUCCAGACAGGCUUUCGCCAAACUUCUUGAGCACAGAACAAGAUGUGCUGGGAGGUCAGGACCUGUGUCUGGCGACCGUCUGCAGAGGAGCUUCCUGGAGUUCUACUAUUGCCAGUACGAGCAAGAGCAGCAAACAGGGGAAGCCUCCCUAUCAUGCCCAGCAUGUCAUCCGGACAUGGUAGCUGUGGCAGUGGAUGGUAACAGAAAGCUUUACCGCUUCAAAAGUAGAAGUGCUUGUUCUGCAGACAAGCCCUAUUUUGAUGGUGUGUUUGUGGCAGAGGAUGCGGCUGUUGCAGACUUUGUCGGCACACUACAUCGUGCAGUGAAACAGACACGUGGUCAGGGUACCUGUGGGGGGACAUCCUGGGCUGCAGCGAAGGAGAUUUCUAGGAGGGCAAAUAAGAUGGACGAAGAAGGCAUGGAAGUUGCUGUUUGUAGGCAUGGCUUUCUAUUGAAAGCCCUGAAUAUGUACAGAGGGGAGAUCUUCGCCUAUCCAAUGUUUCUCCAUAAAGCGCUAAUGCCAUGCAACGCAACCUUCUUUGCAAUGGAUGUGGCUUGCAAGUACUGGCCAUACCUUCAGAAGGCUGCCAACCACCUGCCAGAGCUCCUAGAGCUUUUGAAUUCCACACCCCUCCUAAGUGUCAUGCAUGCACAAAACCACGAGACCAAGUGUCAGAUUGCUUGGAGUGGAAAAUACAUUGAGGGUGCCGGGACUACUGCGGGAGAGGAAGUAGAGCAAGUGAACAGCUACCUGUCCCGCUGUGCUUUGACAACAAAGUACAUGUCCAAAGGAGCACGUGUGGACAUGCUGACUGUUCAUGCCUUAGGGUGGAACAAGAAGAAAACCUCUGGACUGCAACAAGCCCUGUGCUCCCGAUAUGCCAAGACAUGCAAGAUGCUGACGGAAGCUGAGAAGGAAGAGCAGCAGAAAAAGGAGGAUCUGGCCUGCACUGAUGGAGCUGCAUGGGUUGCUGAAGUGCAGGAAUGGGCAACCCGCGUAAGAACACGCCCUUUGAAGCUGCAGCAGGACAUAGAGUGCCGCUAUCUUAACCUUCGACAGAGGAAGCAAGCUCUGUACCGAAAGAAUGACAGUGGUCAGUUGCGUCAUCGUCUGCGGAGCGAGAUGACUGUUGUUAAGAACAGGCUUCUUAAAGACAUUGCCACCUUCAACAGUGCAUCGCCAACAACGACAAUCGACAUUGGAACCGUGGAGCGAUCAUUGUCAGGAGAUGGACCAGCUGUUUUUUGGCCUUGGGAUGUGCAGGGGAGUGUCAGACUUGAGGACAAGCAUGCCUACUUUGUGGCCUCGAUGCGCAGGAAGCGCUUGGAAGAAGAGAAAGGCAUCCUCGUGAAGGAGAUGGAACAGCACACUACAUCACUGAAAAGAUUGAUGUCUUGUCUAGAAGCAAAGAUGUCAUCGGCAGAGUCACAAAAUGAGGGCCUUUCUGCCUUCUGUCGAAGACGGCUUCAUGACCUGACAAUCGUCCAUCUUUCUGCUGUGGCAAGCUACAGGGCUGUUUUAAGCCCACAGGGGACCAAUAGGCCAUCUUGUGAGGAAGGGCAGGGAGAUGACGGGAAUGAGGACGAUGUACACAGCAGUGAUUUCUCAUACACCAGUGAUGAGGAAGAAACGGAGUGUAGUUCUUUAAUCUGAGACGGUUUGGAAUCAUCAAUCAUCAUUCCUUGACACCCGCAGCUGUCUCCUUUCUCCUGCUUUCUCCAACACACCAACAGCCUCUCUCUGUCCUGCUCUCCUCUGUCUCCUCCAUCCUGAUCUCCAGUGCAGCAGCAGUGCCAUCCAUGUCACCCCCAGCAGCAGCACUGGCAUUCAUGCCCUCAGUAGCACCCAGGACAGAAAACACAACAUUUAAAUUAAACUGUUAAAAAACUCUGUUAAGCUAUUGCCAUUCCACCAAGAACUAAGUGAUUGCUGUGAGUUAUUCAGCCAGUGGAAUGUGCUGUGUGUGUGUAUGUGUGUGUGUGUGUGUGUGGG